AUGGAUGCGUCGGGUAUGAACGGUGUUUUUUUUAUUUUCUCUUUCUUUCUCUCUUUCUUUAUAUAUUUUCUUCUUUCUGUCUCUCUCUCUCUCUCUUUGUAUGUGUGUGUGUGCGAUCACCUUCAAUCAACACGGUUAUUAUUUAUUAUUAUUAUUUAUUGUUUUUUCUUUGUUGUUGUUGUUGUUAUACGCAUUGGAAUGGUGGAAGCGUGCGUGUUUGUUUUGUUUGUUUCUGAAGGGAUAGUACGGCGUGAGCAAAGAAAGAGGAACAGAGAGAAGGAGAGAGAGAGAAGGAGAGAGAGGCCUAUUCACGUGUAUUUUUAUUUUUACGUAUUCAGAAGAAAACAACAACAACAAAAGACAAAACACACACACACACACACACACACGAAAGGAAAAGGGGGAUCAAUAAUGGAAGAACCGACUUUUAUGCGUAUUGUCUUGCACGUUUUUGGUCUUCGGGCUGAGAUUAUUUCCGCCGAGUUUGUACGCUUCAGUAUGUCCCGACCGAGGGGAAACUGCCCCUACUUGACACCGCAAUUUAUUCGAGAGGGGGAGCAGGAGCAGCAGCGUUACAUCCCACCGAGCGUGGAUCAACUGCGGCUUGCACUUGUAAGCGAUGCGGAGGAAAUGGGUGAGUGGGGGACGACGGCACCACUUUUACUCGAGAAAACACGGCCGUCUUUGAGUGGCAAUGGGAUGAGAAAUGGCAAUGACGUGAAUGACAACCUUCUCUACUUUACGGCAUCGGUACAGGUGCCGGCGUCAAGUGUGAAGGAGCACACUUUACGAUUUCGUCUGGUGAUUGUGGACGAACCGUUGUUGUCUGCGAUUGCUGCGAUGUCGACGACGGCAACUUCGUCUUCCGGUAUGGGUCUUUGCGUCGCGAAAGGCAUUAGGCCUGGUGCCGCCAUUGUUGCUGUGGAGAAUGCCUAUUGGCAGCCAGAGACCGUGACACUUGUUCCUUCUGACAGCCAUGAUGGGAAGACCUGGCAUGCAUAUAUUGAUCUGCGGGAUCGUGUAGUGCA